UCUGCGUUUGCAUGAUCCGGGUGUAGUAUCGUUGUUAAGUGUUAAGCGAUUAAAUAAUCUAUGUUUAUUGCAUUCCUUGUGUUCAUUAAUUAAUAUCGGCAUUGAAGUGGCUAAUUAGAUUCGCAUUGAUUUCAAAACAUGCGCAGUGUAAAGUAAAGUACCAGGAUGGAAGGAAAGACAGAAGUUCCGUUCGAACGAGCCGAGCGACUAAAAAUACUUAUUCUGACAUCAAUAGCUAUUGUGUGCAGUUUUCUGUCAUUGGCCGUUCGACAUUACCCAAUACUGUUGUGUAUCGUUGCAAUUUUGGCUGUGUAUUUGCUUAGUGGCAACCGAUAUCAAUGGAUUUAUAUAUGGAGGAAGACUGUUUACCGGGAUUUGAAGGGAUUGAAAGUGAUUUUAGCCACGAUGUUCAAUGUUUGGCUUUGGGAACGAAACGGUACUACAGUUACAACAAGAUGGGAGGAAAUAGCUAGAAAGACACCUGAUAAAAAGGCUCUCGUUAUGGGAGAUAGAGCCUUAACCUUCCGAGAGGGAGACGAGCUUAGCAAUCGUAUCGCCUGGUAUUUUAAACACCAAGGCUUUAAGCCCGGCGAAGUGAUAGCCCUAUUUAUGGAGACACAGCCAGAGUAUGUAUUCCUGUGGCUCGGUCUAGCAAAAAUCAGGGUUACCACGGCGUUGGUUAAUACAAAUCUACGAGGCAAGAGACUGGUGUACUGCCUCAGGAUUGCUGAAUGCAAGGCGGUGGUAUUUGGGGAUGAAAUGUCUGAUGCCAUCAAAGAAAUCCAGACAGAACUCCAUGACAUGCCACUCUUCCAGUUCAACUCGCCAGAUAGAACAGCAGCUCCAAUACUCCAGGACACCAUCCCGCUGUCUACAGAGAUAACAGGGAUGUCAGUUGAAUCGUUCAAAGAUUCUGAACCAGCUAAACCAAGAGAUACAUUGUUGUACAUAUAUACCAGCGGGACCACUGGUUUUCCGAAAGCUGCUGUAGUAACGAACAUCAGAUAUCUGCUAAUACCACUAGGAGUACAUAAGUCCGCGGAUCUCUCCUCGUCUGACGUCAUCUACGACCCCCUCCCGCUCCACCACACCGCGGGAGGAGUGCUCGGAGUUGGGCAGUGUAUUAUUCUGGGCUGCACUGUUGUGUUGAGGAAGAAAUUCUCUGCGAGUAAUUAUUGGAGUGAUGCUGCAAAACAUGGCUGCACGGCUGCUCAGUACAUUGGCGAGAUUUGUCGUUACCUCCUGAUGGUUCCUCCAGGGAGCAAUGAUAAGGCCCACAAUGUCAAAGUGAUGAUUGGCAAUGGGCUCCGUCCUCAAAUCUGGGAGGAGUUCGUCAAGAGAUUCAACAUUCCAAGAGUUCUUGAGUUCUAUGGAGCUACCGAAGGCAACUGUAACCUGGUGAACCUGGACUCCAAGGUGGGCGCCAUUGGGUUUCUCAGUCGUCUUGUGUCUUCAAUAUACCCUCUCACAUUAGUCAAAUGCGAUGAAAUCACUGGUGAAAUUCUUAGAGAUGACAAAGGCAGGUGUAUCACCUGUAGUCCAUCUGAGCCAGGUUUACUUCUCGGGAAGAUAGACCCGAAACAGGCGAUAUUAACGUUCGCAGGCUAUGCCGACAAGACAGCCUCGGAAAAGAAAAUGGUGCGAAACGUUAAAGUGGAUGGCGACUGCUAUUUCAAUACUGGAGACAUACUAGUCAUGGAUCAUUACGGAUAUUUCUACUUCAAGGAUAGAACUGGGAACACGUUCAGAUGGCGUGGUGAAAAUGUAUCAACAGCUGAGGUUGAAGGUGUGAUCAGUAACUUGGUUGGACUUCGAGAUGUGAUUGUCUAUGGGGUAGCUAUUCCAAAUAUCGAGGGCAAAGCCGGUAUGGCAGCUAUUGCAGAUCCAAACAACAGUUUAGACCUUGAAGGAUUAGAGAAAGGGUUAAGUACAUCCCUACCGGCAUACGCGAGGCCUUUAUUCCUACGAAUUCUUCCGGAGCCCCCUUUGACUGUUACAUUUAAGCUUCAAAAGAAGGAAUUAGUUGAGCAAGGGUUUGAUCUCACCAAACUUACUGACCCAGUCUUCUUCAUGGAUCAGAAAAUGGGGAAAUACGUGCCUCUCACCCAGAAGUUGUAUGAGGAUAUUAUGAAUGGAUGUGUUCGACUGUGAACACAGGAUCUCUUACUCAAAAUAUAUUAUUGUUUAGCCAUAGACGGGACCUUACCCGUUAAGUACAGAGGCUAUUUAAAUGAAUUGAGUGGAAUUCUAUGGCUCUUAUUUUUAAAGUUUAAUUAUUAAUAAAAAUUUGAAAAUAAAAUUUAUGAACGAUGCGUGAUUCGAACCCGCGACAUCUCGCGUUACGUGCGAACGCUCUUUCCACUGAGCCAACCGUUCGAGUGAUGUAUCGUUGAUAAAUCUUGUAUUUCCAAUCUGGUUUGUCUUGAUGAAAUAAAUUCCACUAAGUUACAUCCCCUGUGGAGUAUUUAAGGUAAGCCUUAUAUGUUCCUAGAGCCACAUACAUUGUAUGGUCAUAUGAUUGAGGACAGCUAUGAAAAUAAAUUUCAUAUUAAACAUUUCUAUAGAAUCGUAAUAUUUCAUAUAAAGAAAUAAAAUACUACGUAGGUGUUCCAUUUUUAAAUUAAUAUCCAAACACUGAGUAUCUCAAUUUAAGUAUUGCGUUAUAAAAGCAUUUCUUUCAUUCAGUUUACACCAAAAAAUGGCAGUCUAGCGAAACUCUCUAAGAAAAAAGCAAUUCACUGCAUUGUAUGAAAAGUGCAGUCAUUGAUAGAUUGACAGAUGACGGCUAUAAUCUUCAAAAAACGGAGAUAGCCGAAGUCCACUACGUCUUACGGCCGUUUUUAAUAACCUAUCUCUCCUUAGUUUAACUUACUAGAGAACAAAUCUAUUCUUUAAGCUUAAUUACAUUUCAAUAACCUAUCGACAGACAGCAUUGGAUUAUAACUAUGUUGGAUAUAACUAUCGAUUGAUAAGAUCUUGUUAUUAAACGGUGAUAGCAAUAUAUCCGUAACUAGAGAUACGUUAUUGAAAACGGCCGCUAAGCAACUGUAAGCUUUCAAACUUAGCUGUAAUAAGUACUAUUUCAAACUUAUAUCAAAUCAUUGCACUUUUCCUAAUAAACUAAAUUUCAAUCUUUACUUAGGUAGUACCGCCUCUUAUUUCGUAGUAUUUACAUCCUCUUUGAUAAUGGCAAAUAAAUCUGGGCUUUGAAACGAGGCUGUCAAAGGUUCUUAAUCAUAUGACCACCAAUGAGUUUUAUGAUAGAAAGAGUAUCAUUUCCCUUUAGUGAGUAUUUUUAUUUCCUUGAUUGUGUGAAAUUGCUCAAUUUGAUCUUUAUAAUAUCAUGAUCCAUUAUUUAGACUUUAACUUUAUCCCUGUUUUAUUAUAGUAUAUUAUUCAAUGUUAGUGUAAAGCUGUUAUGUGUAUGAUGUGUGUAUAACUUAGAUUAUGGAUUACUACAUAUACAACUAGGUACCGCACUACCUAUGAACAAUACCAAUGUGGCAACUAUUAAAUGCUUGUGUGCGUGGCAUCUUGAUACUCAAUUGCAUCUUUAAAAUUUUGUAACAUACGCUUCGUGUUAUUUUACUACUUACUGAUGAUAUGUGAUCCCAAGUCUUUCUUAUUUCUUGUUGUAGAUAUUAUUAUUACAAAAUGUUUUAAUUUUAAUAAUUCAAGACCUAAAUUUGCCAAAUCGGUCCAGCCGUUCUCGAGUUUUAGCGAGACUAACGAACAGCAAUUCAUUUUUAUAUAUAUAGAUAUAUAGAUUAUUAUUAGCGAAGUUUAACAGAAUAUAUGGCACACCAAGGUCAAACAUUGUUUGAGACUGGCUCGAGUACGCUCACUUAUCAAGCUCAACAGGGUCUUCUUUCCCCGCUGAUUCUCCCAAGCCCGUUCCCUUGGCUGUGGUUUCGCUAGAUAGUAGAUAGGGACAGCGGGAAUCUCGUUAAUCCAUUCAUGCGCGUCACUAAUUAGAUGACGAGGCAUUUGGCUAUUUCCUCCCGCUUCGUCGGUAUUUUGUGACCAAUCCAUUUUGAUCAUUGAGUUUUCACAAAAGGAUUACUUGUAAUCAUUAUGGAUCCCCGAGGACACCACUGUCCCCCCUCACUGACGUUGCGAAAAUUUCGCCGUGGUCCGGUUCGAUGUCUCUAGUGGGGACCAGUCUCCUGAGUUUUGCAACCCAGGGUAAGAACUGGCGGGAAGAAACGGCGGGUCCGGCGUCAACCCUUACCGCAGGAGCCCGGGCCCUGACUCUAGCCUAUCGCUCAAGCGGUUCUCGGUCAUCUGAUUAAACCGCGUCCAAUUCAUACACGACCCUCUCAACGCAACAAUCGAAACGCUAUCGAAGAACAACUCCUCCAACCGCAGCAGUUUCUUAAGAUCCAUAUAGGAUGCUCUGCUCCAUACACCGCGCCAGGAUAUGGUGCAAGAGGUAACGCUGAUCUUUGCUGCUCCGUGCAGUCCCAAACGGCUGCGUACCCUCUCGAUCAAGUCCCCGUGUUCGGCAUAUUUAUUACGUUUCCACGAUGGGCUUGAUCGAGCGGGCGCUAGCCGGAGACUACCUGUGCGUCAACGAUAACUCCCUCACCAUCCCUUUUGCAAAUGAUGUCCGGCUUCCUAAGUCCUUUGUCACCAGUCUGGACGUGGGGCUCCAGUUCAACGGUCCACCUUUGCUCCGAUAACGCCGAGGCGAGUAUGUUCACUACCCUGUUGUGUCUUUCUAUCCGGCCGCCGUGUGUUCUAAAACACUUUUGUAUUAUAUGAGCCGUCGUCUCCCUGACCAUGCAGCCUGCACGGCAGUUCGACACGGGCUCCGAUAUCUCUGUUCUGCGUCCCCUAGUAGUUCUAAUUCGGGACGGUAAUGCAUUACUGUGGCACUUAACAUAGUCCACGUAAUCGCGGCCGGUUAUUUGAUUGCACUUCGCACGAAUUCAGCGGGUGGAUCCUUUAACCUGCGACGACUCACGUAGUUUGUAGCCGUCAACUGAUCCGUGCAGUUUUUGUUUCCAAUACAGGGAGAUAGACCUUUGGCCUGUUUUCGGGCAAACCGUUGACAACUUGGAUAACAGCUGCUUUGCCCACCACAUCUUGUUAAUAACCCUUUUGGAUUUAGCAGCGGCUGCGGCAGCCCCCCAAUCCGACGCCCCAAACCUACCGUAUCGUAGAUGAUAUCCGUUCCUAGAAGGUACCCUACCCCUGGAGGCAAAGAAGCCAGUAUAAUGUCCAUCACCAUGUUGAAUAGGAUCGGAGACAGCGGGUUCCCCUGCCGAACUCCCUUCCCCACUUUCACAGGGUCACUCACACUCACACCAACGUAGUGAGGGCUGUUUGGUAAAGGCGAGCAACGUAGUCACAGAAAGCCAUGGGUAGGCCUCUCUCUACAAGUAGCUUGACAAGCACCUCGUGCGACACUGUGUCAAAGGCCUUGGAGAAGUCUAGCACAGCCAUUCAUCCAUAACAUGACAUUCCCGCAACUUGCUCCUGCUAUCCCCCAUAACCGUAUCCAACACCGCUGUGUUUUCUAGGCAGCCGUCGGCGUGGACGAGUCCUCGCUGACGAUAGUCCGGGGGGCAACAAUUCAAAAUUCUCUGAGCCAAGAGGCUAUGCAUAUGCCUCAGCGGUAUCGAUGCAAUCGAAAUUGGCCGGUAGUCGCCGGGGCCCGCAGGCUCCUCGUUCUUUGGCACGAAGAUAGUUCUGCUUUGUCGCAGUAGUUCUGGGAUUUAGCCUAUCCUCAUCCAUUCGUUGAAGAGGUCCGCUUUGGAUUGCAGGGUUAUACUACGCCAGUCGUCAGGCGUAAUGCCGUCAGGACCUGGCGCAGUUUGAAGACCGAUACGGGCCUUUCUGAUCUCUUGAGCAGAAAAUGGGGCCCAAAGCUGGGAUUAGUCGCGCGUGCCUCCGUGCCGCUCUUUCAGCCGUAAGGCCUUCAGAGCUUCCGGUGUGGGCCCAGCAGCGGUCGACACUGCCUCAAGUAUAGGCUGCCAAUAUGACAAUAUAUCCCCAAGAGAGUGCUUCACGCCCCUAGUUGCGCCACCAUACCUCAGCUGCAGCACGACUUCGUGAUUUUUUGAAUAUCUCCUGAACCCUAGCGUACUCCUCGCGCCUCCGCUAUCGCGAAGUCAUCUUCAAGCCGGUGGCGUUUCCGGACUUGUGAGUUGUCUUCCGCCCCCCCCUUCCUCCUGACUCCAGGCUCAUUCGCAUCUUCCGUGCCGCCUCCCUCUCACAGAGUAGUUUGGCAAGCAGUUCCGACACGUCUGGCCUAUCCGAAGUCAACUCGGCGAAGGGGUCAUCAAGGUCGGUGGUUUACACUCUAGAGUCGGUUGUCGGGUGGUCUUCCACGGGCGUCGUUGCUUCGCGGGACAGCUCCACCUCCCUGACGGUGGCCGCAAUCCGCAUCUCCUCGAGGUACUCGAGCACUUUGCUUUUGUACGCAGUGGAGCGCCUUUGGCCCUUAAUCGCCUCCACAGUCCUUCCGGAACCUGAGAGACGAGCCGCCAGGGUAAUAAUGGUGCACUUCCCGGUCUCCACAAUUAAUCCCGCUUUAGUACGCGCUAACAUCGUCAACUCCAUUCAUCGCUCCACCUCCUCUUUACCCUAUCUGUAGGGGCGGCUUCGGUGUUCGAAUGCACCGGGUGGGGCCGUCGUUUAUGGACGCCCAGCCCGAUAGCAGUUGUAAAUGGUCAUGUGCAAAUCGGACAAGUGAACUGGAGAUGACCACCGCUCGGCGAUCGACCAGAUUCAGGGUCCGGGUUAAUAAUCGAGAUGCUCUCUGACUCCUGCGGGAGGUCAGAGGUCAAAUCCACUGCCGUGGUACGGCUCACAUUAUUUGACAUAGCUUCUCUUGAUUUUUCGGCCGUGGGGGCUGCUAACCCUUCACAGCCGAUUCGCCCUAUCGGGGCGAAUCGGCUGGGGGCUCAUUGGGGGCUCACCCCCAAUGCAUCACCCGCUAUGUGGCGUGGAUCAUACAGGUGAUAAUGCAUGCUCCCCGCCCAGCCUCCAGGCAAGCCUGUUGACCUAGUAGUAGAGCAUGCUCCUCGCUUGAAGGCCAGUGAACGCGGCGAGAUUCAGCACUCUGGCCGUUGAUGGCUGAAAGGAUGUUUUGGCGUUCGCCCCCCCCCCCCCCCAAAUGGAUAUUUCUAUCCAACGUUAGUUAAGAGCAACGGCACCGCGUGCAGGUCGUGGGUAGGAGUUGGGCUUCACUAAUGCAACUGCAAUUUACGCGCAGCGCAUUAGCUCUUCCCCAUUGCAAAGUGUAGUGCACGCACGUCAUCGCCUCAAAGAGACUCAGUCUAUGAUCCCCCGUCCACAUUUUUUUGCCAGCAAACCCAUGAACGGGCCGUACACCCCCAGUGGAGCAACUCGGACUCUCCAGCCUAUUAGGGCCCUGCUUCCGGGAGCAUUAGCGCGUUGCAUCAGUUAAGAGAGUCAUAGUUUCUCCCGCCGUUUACCCGCGCUUGCUUGAAUUUCUACACGUUGACAUUCAGAGCACUGGGCAUAGACAUAGUAUUAGUUGCUGUUUUUUGCAACUACGCCUGCGGUAUCUACUUGGAGCGCAGCGGAGACCAAUCCUUAAUCUACGGUGUAUAAUUAUAUUUUAAGGUCGAGAAACUCUAUGUCUAUCUUCCUAAAUACGAAAGUUCACACUCGUAAUUAUUCCUAUUAUACUUUAAAAAGUUUUUAAUUUAAAUGUGGGAUAUUCGUGUUAGUUAAAGUAGAUAGGGACUACUACCGAAAAAUUAUGUUAAGGCGAAGAAUAAGCAGAAAACACGCAAACAAGGUGUUUUUAGACAAGUUUUGUGGUGAAAAUAUAGCAUUUGGAGCUAUAAACACUACUUUAUCCUGUUACACAUACCCUUAAGUCUUACUUGUAGGUUGCUAAUGUUUGCUGUUAGUUAAACUUAACACUCCAGAGCUAUAUGAAUUACCAGUUUUGUUUGCAGUUAAACAAGUUUUUUCUCGGUAUGAUGCAUUUGUUUAGUAUACUGCUCUCAUAAGAGUUGUUCUUAUAGCUUUUACUUUUUUGUGUUGGUACAUUUAUUAAGAUAAGUAAUCAAUAAUGAGGAUUGUAAGCAAUUAAACUGUUUGUGCCUGCUAAAACGUUAAAUUUUCGACGCAAGAAUUUUGAAAAUAUUGGCUUUGUUACAUAGGAGCCGUGAACUCAUAUCGCUCAAGGUCGCCGGCAUUUAGUGUCGCCUUAAACAAAACUAGCAGUAAAAAGUUAGACAUUAUUCAAAUUAAACCGUUGAAAAUCAAGUUAAAUCCAGUAGACCUGAUUGGGUAGACUAGUAUUACAUUAAAUACCCCAUGCAAACCAUUUUCUCAACCAACUGAAGUGAGCGGGCACUGAGAUACUGAACGCUCAUUGGUCAGCAUAUGAUCACAACGUAUUCUAAUUGGUCGGGUACUAUUCAGAAUAAUCGCUAUUGGCUACCGUAGAUAUUUAUGAUAUAUCUAUUUUCUUUUAUGUGGUUUCUGCACGGACGUGUAAAAAAGAAGCGCCGUGAUAUUAGCAAAGAAAAUGAUAUUUGUGUCAAUAUACGAUAAGUUUUGUAUUCACUGAAUAAAUUAUUGUUUUAA